AUCACGAACAACUUCGUUACACACACACGACACUGUCCCACAAGCCGAGCCGCUGUUCAUGCAGCCAGCGACCAAGCGAGCAACCCCAACCCCGGCAUGGAUUGGCUGCACGAGGCCGGCUGCUCAGCCCCCUCCAUGGAAGAUGACGGCAGCCUCACUCGACUAGCCAGCAUGUGCUGCUGCCGCCUUGAACCUGCAGCAGCGGCUGACCUGUCCAAUGAGCCUGAUGAAGGAAUUUCGGCCUUGACGCGGCGGCAGUAGUGCCCGCAUGACGCCGCCUACGACCCCGCCGCCUACGACCCCGCCGCCUUUCAACGGCCAAGUGAUGACUGGAGUUGUCGGCCUCUUCACGAUCCGCGCUUUUGCUCUUCCAUCACGCGUCGCUAUAUUGACUUGACUUGCAUACCAGACCUAUGUCGCAGUCAGUGAUUCAAUGGAACCGACGUCCGAUCAGCCCGACCAUGGCUCACACUCCGCCCGACUGUCCCCCCGGGGAGGAGGAGCCGCGGCUCGAGAAGUCGCCAGGCAAACAGUCCGAGGCAGCGUCAAAUUUUGCUGGCGCGGAAGAUCCCCUGCCUUUCGCGCCGGCGACGGCUCCUGUCCUUAGUAGACGGUUGUCGUCGGCCAGGAAAUCACUGGCCGUAUAUACAUGUGACGUCUGCAAGCCGCGAAAGGCAAGACUGAGAAUGAUGCCCUGAAGCGAUGAUUUGAUUUUUGACCUGUUACUUUGUUCAGACAUUCACACGCUUAGAGAAUCUUCGGUACGAAAAGCACUCGAACGUUGGAGUCUUCUGUGCUCACGCAGUGCCACAGGGGCCAUCAGCUCAGCCACAAAGAGCCCGAGUUCUCAUGCCGGUUCCCGGGCUGCGGGAAGGUCUUCCAUCGGGCUGACCUUCUUGAAAGCCACAAACAGCGACACCAAGUGCAGUCAGACGCUUUCCGGUCUGAUGGUCAAUACCUCUCAUCCUCAUCAAUCGCAAGUGAUGAAAGGGGAAUUUUCACCUCAAACGCCACCCCCUUGGACGUUUUGGAAACCCUGGGAUCAUGGAAACCCAUCGCGCCCAAUGUGCCCAAGGGCGAUACCGCCUUUGACGCCAGGAGUCUCGAUAUGAGUGCUCCAGAGCAAUCAGAAGCCAGCAAUUCCACAGCGCCAACUUCAGUAUACAUCAGCUCCGUAGGUCCAACGGCCAAGGCCGACCCUGACGAUGUUCGCGCGCCGCCUCAGAAUGCCACCGAGUCUGGCCCUGCAUCAGAAGCGCAACGGCAGCAAGCCUCUGAUCAUAGUCCGUCAGAGUCGGCGCAACAAGUGGUAAAGAAGGAUAAGCGGGAAUCCCACGCAGAAAGACUGAACGAUCAAGAGGCUCAAGCCUUCUGGAAGAGGCCGUACAUUCACAGUUUCGCAAAGGAGAUCGCAAUCGCCAUUUCUUCACAAAAUUUGUCGGCAAAGGAGCGUGACUCGCUUGCAGCCGCGCUUCCACGCCUUCUCAAAAGCUUUGCUAGGGCAGUCGGCCAUGAAGACCCGAGUCGUUUGCACCAGGGCUUGGCAAAGACGGUGCUCAGAUGGCGGGAGUCCAUCGCGGGCGCCGUAAUUAAUAUGUUAAGCACCCGGGAAGAAGAAAAAGACGAAGAGGAGGAAGGGAAAAGACUACGCCCCAUUGAAAGGGAUACGAUGGCAUUCGGACACCAUAGCGUCCCUGCACCCAAACAGGACCAGGCCUCGCCGGGUAGCGGUACAGGUAGCGCUGACGAUCUCGAGGACUAUUCCGAGAACCCCCAGACGUUUCACACUCUUCUCACGCGCUCGCGAGUCGGUAGUAUGGACAGCGGUGGCUACGGACUCAGUGACAAAGAACUCGGUGACCACGAACUCGACGACUAUACUGAGUUCCAGAAACACCGGGCCAUUUUCAGUAAAUCUCCUGCAUUUCAAGUACUCUUGACAUCAAUUGUGCAGCAAGUGAAGUUUGAAACAGUUGGCCGAUGGAAUGCGACAGCCGAUGUCCGCCGCAUGAUCUCAACGGCCUUGCGUGAGGCUGGGCCACGGCUCCGGCGCCAUUCGUUGCGCUCUCUGACGUUGAGCAUCCCUAGGCCAAGGCAAUUUUUCGAAGACCAAGAUUACGACUUUGACGGUCCUCUCGCGAGGCAGCGUUACGGGUGCCGAGAAGACGACCUUAGCUCAUGGGAGUCUUUCGAAGACCGAGACUACGACGUCCCCCCUCGCGAGAUCUUGGACCGCGUUCUUGUCCUGAUCGGGGUCGGCAGGCAAGCUUGGGCCACCACAUGUCUAGACUAUGUUCAGUCGAUAUGGCCCAGCAUAGGGCAACCGCUCCUUGAAAUUUAUUUGUUGUUGCUCCGACGCGACGAAAUAUUCACACGAAUCGUGUCCAGCAACACAUUCCUGACUGCGAAGGCGGAAGAUCGAGGGAGAAGUGCCCUAGUGACAGUCACCGGCUCCUCUGCUUCUAUACUGGAAAUUGGCGAAGCGUUAGCAUGGCUCAGUGUUGCUUUUAGUCCCGGGUCACUGGACGAUGUCGUCGUUUCGUCCUACCCGCAAGGCUUUGUCGACGGAGACGUGGUCCGGUUCGAGGCCAACUAUGAGCUCGGGCAGCCGACCACGGGGAUUGAGAAAGGAGGAUGCUGGGUAGACUUAUUCAGCAAUCCCGUCUUGGCCUCAGGAUACCCAAUCCCCAAGCGUCCUGAUGCACUUGCAAACGCAGGGAUCGAAAUGUCCCUACACAUGAUGGGUCAGCUGCUCAACACCAACAAGACCAGCAUUUUUAAAGGCAUGAUCCUUCUCAAAGGGGUUUCCUCUAUGCUCGUGCCUGCGGGGCGACAUGAGGGGUUCAUACUAUGGCACCUCAUUUCCAAUCACAACGGGAGCUAUCUCUCCUAUUCGGACCCCAGAGUCGAAAGAAUUCGAAAAGACUACCUGAAGGAGCUGUCUAUGGGGGAACUCGAACUGUCACGUCAUAUCGUUGGCUGGUGUGCCGAGGCAAUAAACCAUACAGGCUGUGCCGAUGCAAAUUACAACAUUCGAUGGUCGGGAUUAGAUCAGCCGCGCGCUGGUUGCGCAUUCGAAAAGGUGACCAUCACAGCAGGCCACUACAUUACAUCUGGCGUAUCCUGCGUUCUGGGAAAGAAGGACAAGCCGGUGCAUGCCUGGAAGCGCGACGACUACGUGGUGCGACUGAAGUGGAUCUCCAAGAAAUUUGUCGUCCUCUACGACGUGCGCGACAGGCGAGCUUGGCUGGUGGAUGGGGCCAGCGCCUUGCUGCACUUGGUGAGAGCCUCGUUGAAGCACGACCAAAACGACGCCUUUAGCAGCCUUUGCCUGUUUGACGCCUCGUCCUUCAAGGAGUCGGGUCGGCCUGGAACCGGCAAGAGUGCGUCCAUUGAGAUCCUUACGAACAAGCAUAACAUAGGCCUUCCCCUCUACGAGAACCCAGACAGUUCCAAGAAGAAGAUUUCAGUCGACGAGGCGGGAAAUCAAUCGAGCGUUCUCAGUGUCACGCAGGCCAACUAUACUCUGCGACAGAGGAUUGACAGCAUCUGCCAUACUCUGGAGCAGAUCGUGGCGCACCAAGCUGACGUGUCCUCGGAAGACGGUGUUGGGUUCCGAGUCAAGACGACACUUCGCCGACAGCUGGAGGGGUUCAACUUCAUGGAUGUGGCGACGGACGAGGAUCCAAUCUGGCCUCGAGUCACCACUCUAAGAGUAACUGGACGAGGCUGGGUCGACUUUGCCCGAUCCAUCCAUGCCGUUACUCUGUUUGGCUCAAGGUUUGGGGAAUUGAUACGCCCCGCGACACGGGGCCGAAACGCUUGCGGCAACUGCCUCUUCAACGCCGAGGUGCCCAAGGGCAGAGACUACCUCGCCGUCUGUGUGCCGGAAGUGGAGGAGAUUUUGGAAAAAUGCGGCAGUCAAGGCACGAUUCCCUGGCGGUUGGUCGACGACAUCUACUGGCAUGCGCCGGGCAAGACCUUUGAGCCGUGCACGUGCUCUGGCUCACCACCCGCCAUCGCCAGAACGGACCGCGUGCAAGUUCUCCUGCCAUCUCUGCUCCCGAACUUUUGGACCAGAGGGCUGAGGAGUCCUGCCGCCGAUCCAAGCCUCACGCCUCGCGGCGCGUACCUCUUCGGCCACAGCCAGCGCUUCCCGCUCCGGUGGAAAGACCAGGGCCUGCCGGAAGAAGGCGAGCCGGAUCAGACGCCGGCGGACGAUGCGCCGCAGGACAGUGGUCUGGGGUCGAGCCUGAGCAUGAGCUCGGGCUCCAACAACGAAGAGGGCAGGGCCACGGCAAGCUCAACCAGCCAGGCCGGCUCGCAUGCGCCUUCGGGGAGUCUCGAACAUGAAGCUGGUGUGGCGAGCGGUGGUACUGCCAGCAAGCCUCGCCGCCCUCCCGCACUCGGCCGAUUUGCAACGACAAUCUCGAAAUUGAGGUAGAAAGGCAAGGGCAAAGUAGAAUUGUAGGGUCUGUUUCAAGUGGUCAGUUGUGAGCUUGGCCUCGAAGUAAAAAGACCCCGGCUCGUGGCAGGAGGCUAGCAUUGUUGACGAUUAGGCAACUGCUACUAUAGCGUGGCAGCACGGUAG